AUGCCUUCCGUCAAGAACCCCAACAAGCAGUCCCGCAACCGCGUGGCUGCCCGUGCCGCCACCAAGCGCAAACAGCAAGCAAAGUCCUCUGCCGACGGCCGCCACAAACAAGACCGGGUCGCCAAGGCCGAUACCAAGCGCGGCGCCCGGCCCGGCCUGCUGCCGACCAGCGGCCCCCGCGCGCCGCUGAGCGCCAAGAAGAAGAAGAAGGUCAUUCAGCGCAUGACCCUGGCGCUGAAGCGCAAAAUGGAGGCCAACGGCGGCAAGCUGCCGGACGACGUUAUGGCUGACGCAAAAGAGUCGGCUCCGGUCGAGGAGGAGAUGGCGGAUGCGGAUAUUCAGUGA